AUGCACUGGUGCGGGUUGCUGCAACGCACCAUACACCAGAAAACGAAACGAUUGCAGCGCUGGGGAAACGUGUGGGAGCACAGGGGAAACGGGUUUCUCAUGAGCAGCACGGUGAGUCACGCGUUGCAGAGCGGGAAGCUGAGCAGUGCGCUCGCGGUUGGCGUUGAACAGCCUUCAGGUGAAGACCUGUACCUUGGACACUAUAUCAAUGGACAGCAGGUUUCUUCGGACUCUUACUACAAAGUUACGGAUCCGGCAAAUGGGCAGACCGUCGCUUUCGUAGCCGACGGUGACGAACAAACCAUAGGGGCUGCGGUGCAAGCCGCAAAAAGUGCGUUUGCUUCGUGGCGGGAAACAUCGCCGCAAACCCGUGCUGGACUUCUUCGCAGGUGGUACGAUCUCAUCAUCGAGAAACGCGAGGCACUCGGACGCGUCAUCACGCGCGAGAACGGUAAACCACUUUCAGAGGCUAUCGGCGAAGUGCGCUACGCAGCCUCUUUCGUAGAGUGGUUUGCGAGUGAGGCGCCUCGCGUCUACGGAGACGUCAUCCCAGCGACCAGUGGACCACGACAAGCUCUGGUCGUUCGUGAACCCUUGGGUGUUUGUGCUGCAAUCACACCGUGGAACUUCCCGUCAGCGAUGUUAACGCGCAAGGUUGCUCCAGCGCUCGCAACCGGGAACACGGUGGUUGCUCGGCCCAGUGAACUGACCCCGGUGUCCGCCAUUGCUUUGGCAGAGCUCGCUCGGGAAGCAGGUAUACCGGCUGGUGUCUUCAAUGUUAUAUCUGGAAGCCGUCCGAGCCUUUUCGGCGAAGGUCUAGCACAACACCCGGAUGUGCGUAUGCUUUCGUUUACCGGUAGCACGCGUGUUGGCCGGUUGCUGAUGGGUCAAUGUGCAAGCACCGUGAAGCGCACAGAAAUGGAACUUGGAGGUCUGGCGCCUUUCAUUGUUUUCGAUGAUACUGAUCUAGACGCAGCAGUAGCCGGGCUCUGGGCAGCGAAAAUGCGAAACAGCGGCCAGACCUGUGUCUGUCCGAACCGAAUCUACGUCCAGCGAGCGAUCUAUGACGCAUUCGCGGAGCGUCUGGCGAAACGUGUGUCGAGAGCCAAGGUCGGGCCCGGAGUCGAUUCCGGAGUCGAAGUGGGUCCACUCAUCAAUCAGGCAGCUAUUGACAAAGUCCAGCGACACGUCCAGGACGCCGUUCAGAAAGGCGCCAAGGUCCUCGUCGGUAACCGCGUGCUCUCCGAACUGGGUCCACUGUUUUAUGAACCAACCGUGGUGCGGGAUGUGCCUCCCGAUGCGCUCCUCUGUCGAGAGGAGACAUUCGGUCCGGUGCUUCCGCUGCUCGUAUUUGAUGAUGAGGAGGAGGUCAUUCGCGCCGCCAAUGCUACAGAGUUCGGCCUUGCGAGUUACGUCUACACCCGGGAUUUAGGUCGUGCCUUUCGUUGUGCGAAGCAGUUAGAGAGCGGUAUGGUUGGUGUCAACGAAGGCGUGAUCAGCAAUGCGGCUAUGCCUUUUGGUGGUGUCAAACAGAGUGGAUACGGGCGUGAAGGCAGCAAAUAUGGUAUCGAUGCUUACACGAACCUCAAGUACAUUUUGAUGGGUUAUGGCGAACGCUCCACCUGA